UAUAUAGUUUAUAUUUCUCUCUAAAUUUUGGAAAUCUAUUAAAAAUGACUUUCUUAUCCGUCAUUGAACAGGUGGACAACUUUCCAUAUGUACUCUCUGAAGAAUAUUAUUUUCUUGUGGCUAAUGAUAUCAAUUCCACUGUUCUAGGAUAUCUUUCUCCUGAGAUUGCACAAUUAUUUUCAUUUGAACAAGAUUUCGAAGUUGACCAUGUCAAGAAAACAGUUCAAAUAUCUUCAACUUUAGACACGUUUGAAAAGAGAAAUGAAUGUUUUGCAAAAGUGGCCUCCUCGUGGAGAUCCAAACCACAAUUCCUUGAAAAUUUACAUAAAGGUUGGAGAAAUGAACUUUUUUGUGUUUAUAAUCCAACUAGUGUCCCAUACCUUUUAGUGGAAAGAUCAUUUUCUGUGCUAUUGGGAGUUCCAACUUAUGGAGUUCAUAUCAUGGGAUAUAUUCCAUCAAACAAGUCUAAUAAUGGGAAGCUAAAACUUUGGAUUCCACGUCGUUCGUCAACAAAGCCAACUUAUCCGGGGAAAUUAGAUAAUACAGUAGCGGGUGGUUUAGGUUAUCCUUAUGGAUUGUUUGACACAGUUAUUAAGGAAUGUGCUGAAGAAGCUGGGUUGGAUGAAGAAUAUGUCCGCUCCCAUGUCAAAUCUCUGGGUGUUGUUCUGUAUAUGUAUAAGCCCAACGAAAAUGAUUUGAUUGUUCAACCAGAAAUUGAAUAUACUUAUGAUUUGAUUUUUGACAAUGAAACGGAUGUGGUACCUCACCCAGUAGAUGGAGAAGCAGAAUCAUUCACAUUGAUGGAUAUUGAUGAAGUACUUGAAAGAAUACAAAAUAACGAAUUUAAACCGAACUGUGCUCUAAUUACUAUUGACUUUUUAAUUAGACAUGGAUAUAUUACACCUGAAGAUGACGAGAAUUAUUUGGAAAUAGUUUCAAGAUGUCAUAGAAGAAUCCCAUUCCCAACAAAGUAAAUAGUAUAUGACAUAAUAUAAUAUAGAUAUAUGAAAUAACUC